UCCCCAGAAACCACAAAGAUGGCCAGUUUGUGGAGCUUUUCUCUGUCUAGAUGCCUCCUCUCCCUGCUCCUCCUCCUCCAGCUGUCCUCCAGCUAUGCAGGACAAUUCAGAGUGAUAGGACCGGCACAUCCCAUCCGGGCUUUGGUUGGGGACCAAGCAGAACUGCCGUGCCGUGUAUCUCCUGGGAAGAAUGCCACGGGCAUGGAGGUGGGGUGGUACCGCCCUCCGUUCUCUAGAGUGGUUCACCUCUACCGAAACGGCAAAGACCAAGACGCAGAGCAGGCACCUGAAUAUAGGGGACGCACAGAACUUCUGAAAGAUAAUAUCGGUGAGGGAAAGGUUACCCUCAGGAUCCAGAACGUGAGGUUUUCGGAUGAAGGAGGCUUCACCUGCUUCUUCAGAGACCACUCUUACCAAGAGGAGGCAGCAAUGGAGUUGAAAGUGGAAGAUCCCUUCUACUGGAUCAACCCUGGAGUCCUGGUGCUGAUGGCACUUCUGCCUGCACUUCUCCUGCAGAUCUCUGUGGGCAUUGUCUUCCUCUUUCUGCAGCACAGACUCAGAGGAAAACUUCGAGCAGAAGUUGAGAACCUCCAUCGGACUUUUGAUCCUCACUUCCUGAGGGUGCCCUGCUGGAAGGUAACACUGUUUGUUAUUGUACCUGUUCUUGGACCCCUGGUUGCCUUGAUCAUCUGCUACAACUGGCUGCACCGAAGACUAGCAGGACAGUUUCUCGAAGAGCUAACACCAGUGAUGGAACAGGCUUUCCUUUUUCCUAAAGCAGAUGUCACAGACAGGGCAACAGUAGAUACCAUGCUCCUUUUGGGUGUUCUCUUGGGAACCUACCACCACGGAUGA